UGAAAUGCUUUCUCUUACAGCACAGCAACAUUAAGCCAUGGUUCUCACCAGUGUGAAAAAGACAGCUGAGCUUCAGAGAAGUACUGCCUAUAUAAGAAAUAUUUGUAUCCUAGCGCAUGUGGACCAUGGGAAGACAACUUUAGCUGACUGCCUUAUUUCUAGUAAUGGGAUCAUUUCCAGUAGACUAGCAGGAAAGUUGAGGUACAUGGAUAGCCGAGAAGAUGAGCAAAUUCGAGGAAUUACUAUGAAAUCGAGUGCUAUUUCACUGCAGUUUGGAGAAGGUGGUCAGGAAUAUCUUAUCAACCUAAUAGACUCUCCGGGUCAUGUGGACUUUUCAUCAGAAGUUUCCACUGCCGUUAGACUCUGUGAUGGCUGCAUCAUUGUGGUCGAUGCUGUGGAGGGAGUCUGCCCCCAGACACACGCUGUUUUGAGGCAGGCUUGGCUUGAAAAUAUUUGCCCGGUCCUGGUCAUUAAUAAAAUAGAUCGUCUCAUAUUGGAACUCAAGCUCACGCCACAGGAGGCUUAUUCUCACCUUAAGAAUAUCUUGGAACAGGUGAACGCAAUCACUGCCACGCUCUUCACGUCUAAAGUCCUAGAAGAAAGAGCUGAGAAAGAGAUGGAAGCCCAGGUUACACCCGGUGCCGUGCAGGGCGAUCAAGUUUACGACUGGAGUGCCGGCUUGGAAUGCACGGAUGAUUCCCACCUGUACUUUUCUCCUGACCAAGGCAACGUGGUUUUCGCCAGUGCCAUUGAUGGCUGGGGCUUUGGCAUCGAGCAUUUUGCUAAGCUAUACAGCCAGAAGAUUGGAAUCAAAGCUUCGGUGCUGCUGAAGACACUAUGGGGGGAUUACUAUCUGAACACAAAAGCCAAGAAAAUAAUGAAGGCUGACCAGUCAAAAGGAAAGAAGCCUUUGUUUGUGCAGCUGGUCCUGGAGAACAUCUGGAGCCUGUAUGAAGCGGUAAUGAAAAGAGACAAGGAGAAAAUUGAAAAAAUAGUUACCUCCCUCGGCUUGAAAAUCGGCACCCGUGAGUUGCGCCACACGGAUCCGAAGGUGCAACUGAACGCCAUAUGUAGUCAGUGGCUGCCUAUAUCCGAAGCGGUUCUCUCCAUGGUCUGUCAUAAACUCCCUAGUCCUCUUGACAUCCCUGCAGAAAGAGUGGAAAAGCUGAUGAGCGUCGCUGGGAAAAUAUUUGAUUCUCUGCCCCAAGAAACACGGGACCUAAAAGAAGCGUUUCUGAAAUGCAGCAGUGAAGAAGCCGCGCCGGUCGUCAUCUUUGUGUCCAAAAUGUUUGCUGUGGACGCGAAGGCGUUGCCGCGGAACAAGCCAAGGCCUUUGUCCCAGGAAGAAAUAGCCGAGAGGAAGGAGUUAGUAAGGCAACGGCAUGCCGCGAAGUUAGCUGCUCUUCAAGGUCCUGAAUCCGUGCAGCAGAUGGCUGGAGGACGUUUGGCGGAGCAGGCGCCAGAGACAGGAGAGGCGAAAGGGGAAGAUCAGGCGCCUGCCAGUCAAACGGAGACCCUGUCUCUGUCGAUGGGGAAACAGGAAGACGCACAGAAGGAGGUUUUUGUGGCCUUUGCGAGGGUGUUCAGCGGAGUCGUGAGAAGGGGGCAGAAGCUCUUUGUCCUCGGACCGAAAUACGACCCUGCCGAAUCUUUGCACAAGCUUCCUCCGGGAUGUUCUGCCAGCGACGACUUGCCGUCGGUCCCGCAUUUGGCGUGUUGCACCUUAGAAGACCUCUAUUUACUAAUGGGGAGAGCGCUGGAGGAACUGCAGGAGGUGCCUGCUGGAAAUGUUCUGGGAAUAGGAGGAUUGCAAGACUUCGUCUUGAAGUCGGCAACGCUGUCUUCCUCUCCAGCUUGCCCGCCCUUUAAUCCGCUCAACUUCGAAGCCACUCCGAUAGUCCGCGUGGCCAUCGAGCCCAAACACCCAAGUGAGAUGCCUCAGUUGGUCAAAGGCAUGAAGCUUUUAAACCAAGCCGAUCCGUGCGUGCACGUUUUGAUCCAGGAGACGGGGGAGCAUGUGAUCAUCACUGCCGGGGAAGUCCAUCUGCAACGCUGUUUGGAUGACUUGAAAGAGAGGUUUGCCAAGAUCGAAAUCAGUGUCUCAAAGCCCAUCGUUCCUUUCCGAGAAACCAUAACGAGGCCCCCCAAAGUCGACAUGGUGAACGAAGAGAUCGGGAAGCAGCAGAAGGUGGCGGUCAUCCACCAGAGCAAGGAGGAGCAGAACAAGAUCCCCGACGGCGUGCAGGUGGACCCGGACGGUCUCAUCACACUCUCGACGCCAAACAAAUACGCCACCCUGAGCGUCCGGGCCACCCCGCUUCCGGAGGAGGUGACGCGGCUUCUCGAGAAGAACGGGGACUUGAUCCGGACCAUGGAGCGGGUCACGUCGUCCCUUAACGAAGGGAAGAAAGCCGAAGAGAUGGAUCAGAAGACCCUGGACCAGGUGCGGGAGUUGAAGCAGAAGCUGGAGCAACACCUGCAAGGUUGGAAGUGGCGCAACGCGGUGGAGGGGAUCUGGUCUUUUGGGCCCCGGAAAUGUGGCCCUAACAUUUUGCUGGGCCGGUGCGAGGGCUUCGAGCGGUCUGUUUGGCAGUGCCUGGAAAGGACCAAGCCGGCCAAAGAAGGGGGCCUGCAUCGGGACUUUGAGAACAGCAUCAUCAGCGGGUUCCAGCUGGCCACCCUUUCGGGCCCGAUGUGCGAGGAGCCCCUCAUGGGCGUUUGCUUUUCCGUGGAGAAGUGGGACAUGAGCAGGUUGGAAGAGCUGACGUCUGCUCGCCAGCCUGAUUCAGAGGAAGGAGGCGCUCGAGGCGAAGCCCUGGCGGAGGAGGAACGUGGCUUGGUACCUAGGAGUGAGGAGACCAGAUCCGUUCCUGAACCGGAACUCCACGCCGGCGAACGGGCUAGUCUCAAAGCGUCGGGUAAGAGCAGAGGAGGGACUCUGCUCGCGGACUGUUACGGCCCUCUUUCGGGACAGCUGAUCGCCACCAUGAAGGAGGCGUGCCGUUACGCGAUGCAGGUCAAGCCACAGAGGCUGAUGGCGGCCAUGUACACUUGUGAAAUUAUGGCCACGGCAGAAGUGCUGGGCCGUGUCUACGCCGUCCUGUCCAAGCGUGAAGGGCGGGUGUUGCAGGAGGAGAUGAAAGAAGGGACGGACGUGUUUAUUAUCAAGGCGGUCCUGCCAGUAGCAGAGAGCUUUGGCUUCGCCGACGAGAUCAGGAAGAGAACAAGUGGCCUGGCCAGUCCGCAGCUGGUGUUCAGCCACUGGGAGAUCAUCUCCGGCGAUCCUUUCUGGGUCCCCACCACCGAGGAGGAGUAUUUGCACUUUGGGGAAAAGGCAGACGCAGAAAACCAGGCCCGCAAGUACAUGAACGCCGUGAGGAAGCGGAAGGGGCUCUAUGUAGAGGAGAAGAUAGUGGAGCACGCGGAGAAGCAGAGAACUCUCAGCAGGAAUAAAUAACAGCCUCCCCGCGUACGUCUCGGUUAAGCGCAGGUGGAUGAUCCUCAGCCCCGCGGAUGGACGACUGUUCUGUACUGUUCUUGGCGUCAGUUUUCACAAAGUGACUCGGCUGCAUUUUAAUAAAGCCUGGGCCUUUUCACACAACA